UAAUUAACAAACUAUUUAUAAUUAAAUAGAAUAAAUCAAAAAAAUUCUAUUGCAAUGUUCAGUAUUAUUUUCAUUUUAUUAUUAACCAAAUUUUAUAGCACAUAUUGUGAAGAUUUUGAUAUUGAUACAAAUGGAUAUAUUGUUUAUUGUCCUUGUAUGGGACGAUUUGGAAAUCAAGCAGAUCAUUUUUUAGGCGCUUUAGGAUUUGCAAAAGCGCUAAAUCGUACUUUAGUUUUACCACCAUGGGUUGAAUACAGAACUGGAGAAACUAGAUCUAUACAAGUUCCAUUUGACACAUAUUUUAAUGUUUCACAAGUUCAAUACUAUCAUAAAGCAUUAUUAAUGGAAGAUUUUAUACAAGAUAUUGCACCAAGAAUAUGGCAGCCUAAGGAAAGAGUAUCUUUUUGUUAUUCUGCACGUGGAAAAGGAGAUUCAUGUAAUGCUAAAGAUGGAAAUCCAUUUGGUCCAUUUUGGGAUACAUAUAAUAUAGAUUUUGUUAAAUCAGAAUUUUAUGGUCCUCUUCAUUAUGAUGUUUAUCAUACAGAUAUGGCUAUACAAUGGAAAAAACAAUAUCCUGCUUUACAUUGGCCAGUAUUAGCAUUUACAGGUGCACCUGCAAGUUUUCCUGUUCAAUUAGAAAAUAAGAGAUUACAUAAAUAUGUGGAAUGGAAUAUAGAUAUGUUGAAUAAAGCAAAAACAUUUAUAAAACAAAAAUUACCAAAAGGAGCAUUCGUAGGAAUUCAUUUACGUAAUGGAAUUGAUUGGAUUCGUGCUUGUGAAUUUAUAUCUAGCACACCAAAUCUUUUUGCUGCUCCACAAUGUCUUGGAUAUCGAAAUGAACGUGGUAAAGCAACUUCUGCUAUGUGUUUACCAUCAUUUGAUUUAAUAGUGCGUCAUCUAAAACGAGUUAUUCGUAAUGGUAAUAAUGUCAAAUCAGUAUUUGUAGCUUCUGAUAAUAAUUAUAUGAUUGAAGAACUUACUAAAGCCUUAGCACGAAUGGAAGUUCCAGUUUUUAAACAAGACUCACCAGCAUCACCUCACUUAGAUUUAACUAUUCUUGGAAGAGCAAAUUAUUUUAUAGGAAAUUGUAUAUCUUCCUUCUCAGCUUUUGUUGCAAGAGAAAGAGAAAUUAAAGGGUAUCCUACAUUUUUUUGGGGUUUUCCCUCAGAAAGAUCUUCAUCUUAUAUUAUACAUGAAGAAUUGUAACGUAAUUUUUAAUUACUUUCAUUUAUUCCUACACACUCCAUUUUUAUUUAUUCAACAAUAAUAAAAUUUUAAAUGAUUUAUUUAAAUUAUUUACAAUUUUUACA